UCCCUUUGCUCUCCUGCUGCCGACACCGGGGAGCUAACGUGCAGCACGGUCCGUUAGCAGCAACGACACCACGGUGAGUGAGAUAAGACACUGUUGCACACCGUCAGGUUACCCCAUUUGGAUUUUGUUGCGUUUUAUCUGUCAAGUAUCUUUGAAUGGUUCGUUAAUGUACUACUGUGUUGUAAAUUAUGCUCGUUUCGUGGGUGAUUGAUUCGGCUGUGUUAGGCUAAAGCUAACCGCUAAUUGUGGCUUAGCAGUCAAUGGGGUCUCGGUCAGCCUCCUCGACCAUUUUGGUGUCUGAUAAGCAACAGACUAAUAUUCAAUCACCAAAACGUCUUUUCCAUCUUCUUGAGGACGUUUGUUUCGUGAUUGGGUUGUUAAACGUGAUUAAGUAGUGAUGUUUGUUGUAUUUUGUGGUUUGUUCAGCGUGUCGGCGCGGCGCUGUUUCAAACGAUGGAUGAUCGGUUUUGUGUUUUUGUGGGGGAUGUUCGCCAGGCUCUGGACUGAAUUAAAAUGGCGUCUGUUUUUAAUUCCCCUGAUGUAGCUUUUAUGUCUGGAUCAAAAACCGUUUGGUCACUUUUUGUACAAGCUGCUCUUCCCUUUUUAUUUAAGGGUUUGGCGUCAGUGGAGGUUUAACAGGUGUAUAAUUACUACAAUGACUGAUGUUGGCCUGGUGCCUUCAGGAGCUUGUUGAUUUAGACACUAAAACAACCUCUCUCGGAUGUAUCCACCUACUUUGCCCUAUUCUUGAAUUAUAUUAUCAUUGUAAGGCUGAAUUAUCUCUCAAUUUGAAAACCUCUUUUCUAUGCUCCUGACAUGCCUGCCUAUUCAAGUAGAUAGGUGCAGAAAUAGAUGUACCUGAGGGAUCCCAAAAUGGAGAAGCAGAGUAUUUUAGGAGAUAAAGAUUAAUAGAAGAAGAUAGAAAAGACAGAAUGUGGUAUUAAGAUGUCCUUCUACCAGCAAAACAAAUAAACCAUGCAAUUAGGGCUGGGCGAUGAAAGGAUAAUGAUAUAUCGAAAAUUUAUUUCCCUUAAUAUCAAUAUAAAACAUGGUCAAUAUGCUUUUCAAUAGUUUCUGCCAUGUCUUGGUAGACUUUAUGAAUAGGAGGGCUUGGGUGAUAUGCUUUUCUCCUGAUUCCAUUUCUCUACAAUUUUUUGGAUGCCGAUUCUGUUUAAAGUGCGAUUCUACGAUAUUGUCGAUUUUCUAAAUUUUUUUUUAAAGGUCCUUACACACCAGGACCGUUUUUGGCGUGCAAUUAUUCCGGACGUCUACACUUUUUUUCGAAUCCGUAUCCUGUCAAUACAAGCGUUCACAUCAGCAAUGUUUUCCCGAUAUUGCAGCAUUUAUUCUUUAGGAUCAUGGUCGAUUUUUCUAAAGUUUCGCAUACGGUGUCCACUUCUGACCAAUCAGAUUGCGUGUUAUUGCAACGUCAGAUUCACUGGUAUAUUCAACAUGGCCGACCGGCUGAUUGUUUACGUGUCUGAGAACAGAGUGCUUUAUGGUAAAAGACACAAAUAUUACAAAGAUAAAGACCUGAAGGACAACAUAGCGUCGAAUCUGUUAUAUGAUGAUGUUUUGUGUGCUUUAACACUUUGUGAAAUGCUUUUGUAAGCUAACUGUUGUUACCAUGGUUUCAUGGGCUUAUCUUAUCGCCCCUGAUUGGCUAUAUGUGCUGACUGUUUGGCUUGAGUGUGUGAUGAUGUUUCCAGCUUUUCUAGCCAAGCAGAGGCGAAGGAGGCGGGACUUUCCCCGGGAAAAGUCUGCCCUGGGACGCGUCUUUUCCCCCCUGGAAAGUUGCAAAAUUGCAUCAGGCUUGAUGUGUAUUGUCAGGCCCAUCAAAAUUCACCUCAGAGAACUUCAUAAUUUCACAUUCUAUAUUCGCGUCGCGUAAGGACCUUUAGUCUGCACUUUAAACACCAGUGAAACAGCUGAAUGAUUAUGAUUGUCUACUGACUACUGAACUGUACAGGAACCAUAUUGGCAAAUAUUGGUGGUUUAAGUUUAAAGGUCCUGUGAGUAGUUUUUUUAAUGUUUAUGAAAUGGACUGAAUUUAAUAUUGAUUGUUUGUAAUGAAAUUCAAACGCAAACAUGACCAUGUGAUGAUAUUUAUACUGGAAUUUUCAGUCCCCAAACCAGUGCAGCAGGAAUGUGUCAGUCGAGCAGUUAAAGAAACAGUCCUGUUUUUACAGUUGUCCUGUACAAUGUGUAUAAUAAGUUAUCAGUUUGGCUGUUGAAAGUCAACAGGAUGCGAUUGUUCAUCAAAAGGGACUACUUUGUCUAUAGGAGGAGCCAAAAUUCAUCACAAAAUGAACUUAAAAACUACCAGUAUGAUGAGGAAAGAGAGAUGUUAAAACAAGAAAAAUUAUCAUUCUGCAGAAAAAUACUGUGGAAGAAUUAAAGUUUAGAGGAAUCUAAGGAGUAGAGAGCAGGAGAAGACAUUCAACAAACGGUUGUAGCUGGGAAUGGAACCAGUGACUGCUGCGAUACGGUCUAUAUGUGGGCACAAAGACCACCAUCAGUGCCCUGUUAAUUUUCAACAAGCUGUCACCCAUUUCUGAAUUAUUUGACAGAACCAUUUGAAGACUGCUUUUGCGUUUUCUCAAUAGAAGUAUCCGCAUUUUGCAUGUGGGAAAUGGAAUUCGAUUGCGAUUGAGUCAGAUUUGACAUCAGGCAUCACACAUCUGCUUGUGAAAGCGGGGUUGAGUUUUGUCCCUGAGAAGUGUGAGGAGUUGUGUUAAAAGCUUUUCUUUGUUGGUUCACCUGGUGACCGUUUUAUUUUACAAAUGGAUCAGCUAUCUUCAGUGCCGGUGGCCUCAGGGUUGCUUGUUAAUUCAUUUCAUCAGAGUAAAUUUAGCCUGCCCUCUGUCUAUCCGUCCUGCAUUUGAUUGUGCGGCGACCUUUUAAAUUCUGGCUUUCCAGGUAAUUUUUGUGUGUUUUGCAUGUGUGUUCUGCUGUAGUGACGGACUGUACAUAGUCACCUGCUGCUGAGCUGACCAUCGCUUUUAUUCGCUGGACACAGACGACACCAGUCCUUAGAUCGACCAUGGUAAUGGUAAUGGAACCUUUUUACUUCUUAUUUUCCUUCGCAGCUCGUCGUAUUUGUUCACGCGUGGCACAGAGAACCUGGUAGUAAAAUGCCACUGUUACCAGGACAAACAAAUGUGUCACAUCUAAAUUAAGCCACAGGACUGGUGCCAGCGCUCAGAUACUCCAGCCUGCCCGGGGCUUUAGGUGCACAUGCUGUAGCUUCCACAUCCCUGCUCUCCUCUAAAUUAGCUUUGGCUGCCCGUGUGCGCUCUGCUUGUGUAAUCAUUGGCAUAAGAUGCUCGGCCUCGACUAGAGACCUACUUUUGUGAUAUUCAAAUUAAUCAAAUAUUAGCAUGGCAGAAAAACUAGGCCUUUAAACUUGAGUAACACUUUUUUUUUUGAAUGUUGGAAAGAGUCUGUGUCACGAGGCGAAUCAAUGAAGUUAGCUUCAUGACUAACAAAGUCAGAGCAAUUCAAUUUAAACGAGUUUUAUUCUGUUAGUUACCCAAUAAUCCCGUAAGGCCUCUCUGCAGUCUAAACAGCAAUGACCUGACAUGCACCAGACAUGUGUGUUGUCCCCUCUUGAAGCUUUGAACAACAAGAAACUAUUCAUCUAUUUCUUGAAAAUCUCAAUCCCUUUUUUUUUUUUUUUUUGUCAUGCUGAUAUUUUGUAGAAGAGCAACUGAAAGCCUUUUUUUCUUGAUACACAUUCCUGGUAUAUCGUGAUACAAAAUGAUAAAUUAACAUUUCCCUUAUGCUGCAUAAGUUCAUUAAUUUAGGGUCAAACACACCUUAACACCAUGUUAGACACCCCCUUCAGAGAUGAAUGUUGCCGACCGCUUGCUUCUCUAGUUUUACCAACUUUAGUAAUGAACGCACAAUAGCAAUACACAGUGGUCUGAGGAGCCAUCAACAAACCUCAACCAAAACACCUCUCUAUAGCCACAAAUAAUGCUCAGAACAGCACCUAACUCCAUCAACAGUACAUAUAGGGUCCUCACCAUAGUACUAGCCACCAAACAUCUUUUUAGCUUUGCCUAAUUUCUUUAGCAAGGCGAGUGAACACAACUUACCUACUCUCUUCCAGCAGCCACUUGUUUGCAGCAGGACCUCAGCCCAGUCCAUUACGGACUACAGCGGGGCGACACAGCUCAAGGAAGAACCUUUAUGAUCAUUACUUUAUCAUUUCCUUGAAUUAAUAAUCACCAUAUUAAUCAUUUUGCACUGCAGACGCGGAAGUUCUUCCGCCUUAGCGUCUCGGUCUGAUUGUAUUUCAAUAAAGAAAUACUCCUCAGACCGCUGUGUAUUGCUAUCGUGUGGUCGUUACUAAAGUUGGUAUAACUAGAGAGGCAAGCGGUCAACAUUCAUCUCUCGAGGGGGUGUCUAACUCGGUGUUAAGGUGUGUUUGACCCUAAAUUAAUUUUAUGCUGGAAUAUCCCUUUAAGAAACAUUGGUGAGUAACAAUCACAGUUAGGGCGAUUUCAGCUGAUUUAAAGCUGAAACUUUGAGUAUUGCCUGGUCCUGACCAUAGACUGUGUAAUGGUCCCGACAGGAACAUGGCAUGAUGGUUUAGCCAGGUAAAAAGAGAGACUGAUUUGUGAUACUGAAAACCAACAGAUCUAAAUUUCCCUUCCAAUGUUGCUCCACAACACACCUUCAACCUUGAAUUAAGUUGAUUUUUCCUUUUGCUAUAACUAAGUAAAAUCAUCCCUUUUGGAGUUCCAUCACUUAGUUAAUCUUACAUCUUCAAUAACUCAAGCUCCUUGUCCUGUCCGGUCAUGAAACCUCGAGCUUUUCUUGUUUAUUAACAUGUUUGUGUCUUUUUUUUCUCCAGCGCCAUCGCAGCAUGCGAGUCUUCAUGAACGAUGACCGCCAUGUCAUGGCCAAACACUCCAUUAUCUACCCGACUCAGGAGGAGCUGGAGAGCGUUCAGAACAUGGUGUCUCACACAGAGCGAGCCCUCAAGGCUGUCUCUGACUGGCUGGAUAAGCAGGAGAAGGGAACUUCCAAGUCUGACUCUGACAGCCCCGACACUGAUAAGGAGAGGUGAGGAGGUGUAAGGAGGUGUGAGGGAGUCAAAUCUGCACAAGAAUAAUUUAAUCCACCUGUCAGCUCACUUCUAAGCUCUCCUGUAUUUCUCUGUUGGACAGUGAGCCCAAAGAUCAGGCCACCCGUUCUCUGCGAGGCGUGAUGAGGGUGGGUCUGGUGGCUAAGGGGCUGCUGCUAAAGGGGGACCUGGACUUGGAACUGGUGCUGCUCUGUAAGGACAAACCCACAAUUAGCCUGCUGAAGAAAGUGUCUGACAACCUGGUUACACAGCUCAAGGUGAGAACUUGCCGCAGCACCAUGUGCAGGCAGGCAGGCUUUUUAGAAGGAACGAAUAUUUGAUUUGUAGACGCCUCGUUUGUUGCUGCAAACAACAAACAUCUCAACCUUCUGGUUUUUGCUUCUCUUCAGGCAACAGAAGAAAAGUACGUGGUGACUCAGCACAUCCGCGAGGCCAGCAUCGUCAUAAAAAACACCAAGGAACCUCCUCUCACCCUCACCAUUCACCUGACGUCCCCUGUGGUCCGAGAGGAGAUUGAGAGGGCUGCAGCUGGAGGUAAGCUCCUUCACCUGGGCCUCAGUCUCUUUAACACCCCCCUCCACUCCUCCAGCAGGGAGGCAACCAGGCUAGACAGAUAUUGUUUAUUGGGCCUUCAAUGGAGCUAGGGGACAUGAAUGCACUGUCACAUAAUGAAACCGCGCUAUGCUUAUAGCUCUAUAGACUCUCGUAGUUCCAUGUAAUGUAAUUGUACAUUUUUGAUGGCCCAAUAUACAGUAUAGGGCAGGUAGUUCACUGACUGCAGAAGACAUGGCUUUCUCUUGGAUACCAACGAAAUGAAGGCUUACUGAGAAUUUAACCAAAUAUUUAAAAAAAAAAAAAAAAAGAGAGACCACUUUGUUUGCAUGUGUUUUAUCAUUGAUGAUGACCGGUUUGCAUUGCAGCAAAACAUGCGACGAAACUGUCCUUGGUUGUUUGACCCAACAGUGGGCUACUGAAUGUCUCUGAUGUUCCUUAGCAGGGCAGCUCGGGGGUCACAGAUAACGACUACUGACUGUAUGUAUAGAUGGACAACCACCUCCUCCUGUCAGACAAGAGUGAAGCCAAAAUACUCAAGACACGCAAGUCGGGCAUUAUUUUCCUGUAGCAAAUGUCUAGACGCACACACAGUUAUGGAGAGCGCAACAUGUUGGGCUUCAGUGUCAGUGAACUUAUACGGUUACAUCAAGCUGUGUUUGUAGUUUAAUUCGACAGCUCUCUAAAGUAUGUGACAGUGUUCCAACUUUCAGCUUGUUUCUAUUGGGUUUUCUUCAGUUGACCUGUUAGAAGAGAGAGCAAGGUAGGAAAAGGGUAACUAGUUGUAAUUCGAACAUAUUCUGUCGUCUCUCUGGGUAAAGGUCUGGCUUGCAACUGUUAAUGUGCAGAAUGCCAAGAGUGGUUUGAGGUGUUCUCAUGGAAGAGAAAAUCCAUGCUCAUCUAAAUUAUCCAAGUCUUUAAGUCUGACCUGGAGAAAUUUGACUUUGCUGUUCUAGUUUAACGUCUAUAUUUAGAUUAAAACCCCACUUUCGUAGAACAUACGCAGUAAAUAGAUUACAUUUUUAUCAUCACAUAAACGCACAGUGUUUAUUUCUCUCUGAAGUACUUCCUCAGCUCAGCUUUGCAUAUCCCGUGCACACAGCGCUGCAAGAGCUGCAUUUGCAGACAGUCGUCGAUCAUGGUAGCAUUUCCCCAAGUAACAGGUUAAAAGUCAACAUCCCAGGAAAAAAGAAACUUGGUGGAGGGGGUGUUGUCCAUCAUUUAAUACAGUCUUUAAUGACGACAAUGAACACUUGGAAGAUUCCAAAUCCACGUGGUGAUGCACAUAUUUCACAAUAGAUUGUAUAUCUUCUUAAAUUAAAUUGAAGAGAGAUAAUCUUGUGUGUUUAAAAACACUUACGGGUGUGUUAUUUUUUGGCAGGUGUUGAACCUUCAACCUUAUCUGUAGCCCUGAGCUCCCACUGAUGCCCGGCUUGGGUCUUAUAUUUUGUAAGGCAUCCGUUUUGCUGCAGUGUGGACCUGUUUUGAUACCCACUUUUUGUGCAUCUGAUCAUUUCUGCCUGUGGUUUCAAUUCUGAUUGUCUCUGUCAAGCCUUCUAGUUUGUCAAUUUUUAGGGACGCUGGACCUUUGACCAACUGGCCGCUCUCUGUCUCGGAAGGGGCAAAGUGCAGUGUACCCAGUAUAGGGGUCAAGGGGAGGGGCUCUACCUCCUGAUAACACCAGAAAAAAAAAUUGAUACUCUUUAAGCUUUCAUUAAAGACAGCCUCCCAUUUGAUGCAACCGAUUAUCCCUCAAGAAAUGCACAUUUUUCAUUCAGGGAUUUAAAAAAAAAAAGACUUUUAUUAUUCAAUUUUACAUUCUGUUGGGUUUUUUAAGUUAAAUCUUAGCAAGCCAGGCUGUGAAAGCCCAAAUAACCUGGGAGGUUGAGAGUGUUUGGUUUGGUUCUUCUGUGGAGGGGCCCCCUCCCCUUCCCCCUCCAGCCUGUGGUUUGGGAAGGCUGCCUGUGUUCCCCCUGGCCGCCUGACAGAACUCCCCUUGGUCAAACUGUACCUUGUCUUCUUAUUCCACCUGCCAAUAGAAUCGCUUUCAGUCAACGAUCCCCCGGAUGUUCUGGACAGGCAGAAAUGCCUAACUGCCUUGGCGUCUCUCCGCCACGCUAAGUGGUUCCAGGUUUGGAUCUUGUCUUUAUUUGUCUCUAAAACAGAAGUAGUCUUGAGUUUGGUCUUUAUGCUGUUCGUUCUUUUGUCUUUUCUUUGGAUGUUCCUGUGUUUUAUUUUCUUUUUUACUCUUUGAGGUGUUCUUCCUGUAGUGAGACUCAAUGAUUUUGAUGUUUGUUUCUUAGGAAACCUUUGUCAUUACUCUGUUGUAGAGCUGCUUUGCUCAAAUUAACACACAUUACUGUGAUGUGCCAUUUAAAAAAAAAAAUCAGUGCUGCUCUUUGGAGGUAUUUGGUCUCCUUCACAGCUGUUUUCCUCAAUCAGCAAACAAAUCUGGGAUUAAUACACUGUGCGUCCAGGUGCAAUAUUUCUAAAGUGCCAGUGUUGGUGUGAGUGAGAUGUUGUUGCUGUUUUCAUAUAUGUGCAAGCUACUCGUAGAGCACCUUCUGCUGCCACAUCCUGCAGUAUGGCUGGGAAACAUCUUAAAACUUUAUUUUAUACUGAUCUAUAUGUUAUAAAACUGCCAGUUAUAUCAAUAUCUUCUUUGAGAGAAGCUUAAAGAAACCAGUUCAAUAGUGAGAAAGUUUUAUAUUUCAUGUCUAGUUUUCAGACACCAAGCUUUAUGACUUUUUCUUUGAUUACAGACAUCCCAAAAAACCUUGUUAAAAUGUUGAAUAAAGCAGCACCAUGUCAAAACCAAUGUCCCUUACACUUUUCACCAGCCAAAGGCGUGUUAGUAAAACAGAGGGGGAGAAUGAGCACGAUGAAACAGAUGUGUUAAUCAAAUUCAAUAAGUAACUUUCAGCAAAUACAGAUGUGUGUUAGUGAUGCAGAGGGGGAGAAUGAGCAUGGUGAGACAGAGGUGUUAAUGGAAGUUAAUCAGCAACUUUUCUACAGACUUGUUAGUAAAACAGAUGGGAAGAGUGAGCAUGAAAAAACAGAUGUGUUCGUUCAUGUCUAUUUGAUACCUCUCUGCUGACUUAGUGUGUGUUAGUAAAGCAGAGUGGCAGGGGGAGCAUGCCCAGAUAGAGGCUAAAAUCAAAGUCCCUUUUCAGCUUGUUACAUUAGGAUUCCUCAGUGUUCAUUACUCAAACAGUUUUUACCUCAAGGACUCCAAGUGCUCCUAUUUGCAUUCAUGUAACCUGUUUGUGGUAGGUUUGUAGUCUGGGUAGUACUGACUAGUCACCUCUCAGAGGGCUUUGGUACGCAGGAAAAACAGUCUUAUUAGAGAGGAAUCAGCAGUGAGAUUUCCUGAGUUUCUGGAGGCGUCAGGAACAACAGAUCUGACCUCCAUUUAAAAAGUUACACUUUAAAAAGUAGUUUUUCUGUCCUCUCGAGGACAGAGUUAAGAACCCCAAAUUUUUUGCUUUUUAAAAUUUGCACCAUAAUGGACUGUCUCUCAGGGUUUACACUGUUGUAGUGAGCUCAAGGGAAGCCUCUACAAGAAGCAAAACUGAGACUUACUGCUAACUGAUGAAGGGGUACUCUUCAGAGGGAUGUAAUGAACCAACAGAUGAUGAUGAUGAUGAUUAUGUGUAUUUUGCAGACAUAUUUGUGCGGGCAAAUUUUGCUUCUCUUUUUAACCUUAUCAAAUGGUCACUGCUCAAUUUGCUAAUUGGACUGUAAACAAUGCAGCACAUGAAAAAUGAGGUUAUGGCUGAAGAGUUGGCCAUUGUUCCCAGAGGCUCACGUUAACAUUAGAUGGUAGCCGGUGGGCUCAGAGAUUGACAUUACCACUUUAUCCUCAUCCUUUGACGACAGGAGUUCAGUAAAUCCCACUUAAGGUUUGUUUUGGUGCCUUGUUGAAUAUUAGAUAUCCACCGCUUCACUUUGGUCUUUUGAGUCCAGCAUUUCUUCACCAUGCAAGCAAAAAUCAGCAGACUAACCAUCAUUUGUCUAUUAGUUUUUUGUUUGCUAGACUGUUUAGAGUCGGAUCUAUCCAGAGGGUUUACUCGCCCAGAUAGCUUUUAAAAGUGUUUUUCUGUUUUAUCACUUGUUAUUUGAGCACUUUGUCAUCCCCAGCUUUCACACUUUAACAGUCAUCGCUCCAUCUCUGCAGCUUUUGUAGAGUAUGUCGCCUCAACUUCUCCUGCUCUCUGGCUGCUUCUGUUACUCUGUGUGCCACAAAAUCUACAGGAAUAUUGCACCUUUAGAAGUUUGUUUCGGCUCUCACUGGUUUAAUGUUAAUAGGCACCUUCUGAAAUAGCUGAUUUUGUUCUGACAUUGUAGCUGGUGUUACGUUUCAGGUGGCUUUAUUUAAACGUUUGUACCAAGAGUAAUUUGUAAGAAUACCUUCUCUGUGAACUUUAUUUUAAUCGAAAUCAUGUCGGCCAUUGUUUUACAGUCAUAAAUGUGAGGUAUCAUAAACAGACCUUUCAUCUAUAAAGUGACCAAACAUUGUUCUCCCUUGAUAGAUCUAUCAUUUAUAAUGACAAAGCUAAACUGUCAUAGUCUGUGUGGCUUCGUUUUUAUUUUCCUGUCGUUUAUUUGGAUGUUGUUGAUGUUGUUGCUGAGAGCUUCAUGUUCUUCCUCUUCAACUAAGGCUUCUUCUCCACAUGCCUCUCCUUCCCUCCCCUUCCCCGUUUGUGUCCACAGGCUAGAGCUAAUGGGCUGCGCUCCUGCGUCAUCGUCAUCCGGAUCCUGAGGGACCUGUGCGCUCGAGUCCCGACGUGGGCCCCGCUCCGUGGCUGGGUGAGUGAAAGCUUCGUAAACCUGAGUCAUCGGAAAAGCUCCCGUGAAACAUCAUAACUGUUCCAUAUAAAGCGUUUAAAAGUCGUAGAAUCUUGUUCGAUAUUCACGUUUUGAACUGUUAUUUAUAUGCAGGCAUACUAUCAUUAACUAGUUAAGAACUGUCAGUCUUCUAGAAUAAAAAGUUUCUAGUUUUUUUUUUUUUGUUGAGUUGUACGAGGUAAUUAUCUGUUGUAAGUACGCUGUAAAUCUCUAUGGUUUCACAGCUAUUUAUGAGCGUGUGAAGGUGACCUAAAGAUCAAACUAGAGAUGCACUGAUCCAUUUUUCUCUGAUCCAAUCUGUUACCAAUACUUGGGCUCAGUGUAUCGGCCGAUACCAAUCUAUUACCACUGUUGAAUGAAUGAAUGAACUGUAUACCUUGCCCUGUGAGUGAAGUCAUCGGACUUGACAUUAGCCUUGUUAUAAAAAGGUUACAAAUGAACAGAUAUAGUUUACUUAGACUGCAUCAGAACGCUGGAUCGGCGUUAUUCAUCAGAUAUUCGAUCCAGUUAAUUUGUCAAUAUCGGAGCCGAUAUCCGAUCCAAGUAUCGAAUCGGUGCAUCCCUCGAUCAAACCUCAUCACUGUCACUGAUUUGAACCAGAAUAUCUUGCGGGUUGAACUGAUUUUUACUAUAUGAGGUUCAAAAAUGUCAGUCCCAUGUUGUCUACUGUAGCUUUAGUUAUCGGUCACUCAUGAUUCUCUACUACCUGGAUGUAAACAAGCACAGCUGAUAGAUGGUAUCUUGUUCACCAGCACAGUUUGGCAAAAAUUUUAGACCGGCCAAGUCCUCAGAACUUCACUGUUUUUUGUAAACAACCAAUACAUAAGGUACCGCUAAAUGUCAACCACCCUGUUCUCUUUUUGUUUUUUUUUACUUUAUUUUUAUGAUUAGAUGUUUUUACCUUAAACGAGGAGCGAAAGGAAAGUAACAAAGUCUUUUGGCCUCAAAUGCAAUAACUCACAAAAAUGUUUGUUUCCAAAAUGUAAUAAAGCUGGGCCUUGGGGACAUUUCAUUUAUACAUCAUAUCCAACACAAAUUGAAGAAUGUGACAUCUGCACAGGAUAAGACGAGCACUUUCAGUUUGUUAAAUUUGUAUAAGAUUUCCAGGGUUCCCAAUACCCAAUCCCAAAUAGAUUGUGGGUCCUUGCUGAGCCAUUUUCUGGUUAUUGCUUUUUUGCAACCAACCAAUAGAAUCUGUAUCAAGUACCUGUCUUGUUUCCUCACCACCCUGCUCUCUUGAACUAUGCUCACAUGCUGCAGUUUGUCUCUGGCAAACAUUUGGAAAAUAAACUUGUGUGUAGUGUCACAUGCAGUCUGCCGUUCCUCCAGAGCUGUUUUUGUAGCUCUGCUGCAGCUUCACGAGGGUUUACAUGUGUUGCAGUUUUAGCAGCCUAAAGUGAACCCCGAGCAACAUGUCUGCCCUGCUUAUGUUUAAAUCAACCUCAGGGUCAGGGGCCACUGCUAAUAAGAAAGCUUGCCAUUGUGCUGUGUGUUACUCCAGAGGGUGCAUUGUGUGCUUGUUUACAGACAAGUAAACCUGCAGACUCAACAUGCAUCACAGUCAGUUCCUGUGUGCUUCGACUUAAUCUUACAGCUUAGUCAGGGAAAAUGAGAACUUGUCGAGUUCCACUUUUAUUGCAAACAGCUAAAAAAGUAUUAGUAUGACAUAUUUACCUCACCAUCCCUCCUCCUGUUGCACAUGUGCACGCUGCAGCGGCGACGCUGAGCCAAUUUAUUGUUCAGCUGUAAUUCUAUCUAAUGCUGUGACCUAAAAUCUCUACGUGGAAGUGACCGAGAUUAAAAAUAGCACCGUCAAAGUAAUUCCCUCCCUCUCUUGCUUCACAGCCUCUAGAGUUGAUCUGUGAGAAAGCCAUCGGCACUGGGAAUCGGCCCAUGGGGGCAGGAGAAGCUCUACGGAGAGUUUUAGAGUGUUUGGCUUCAGGAAUCCUCAUGGCAGGUAUGUCUGCAAGGCCUCUUCUCCAGAGGUGUGAAGACGGUUUUAUGUUCAGAGGGUUCAGCCUGUUCUUGUUCUUUUGAAAGUCAGAUCUGCUGUUUGCAUGUGUUGCAGAAGGAGCUGGAGUCUCUGACCCUUGCGAGAAGGAGCCCACCGAUGCCAUCGGUCACUUAGACCUCCAGCAAAGAGAAGACAUCACAGCAAGUGCACAAGUGAGUGAAGAAGAAAAGUGUGUCCAUGUUUAUUUUAAAUAGACCUGAUGUGUGAUUGACUUUGUUGGUCUUGUCUUGUCAGCAUGCCUUAAGGCUGUCAGCUUUCGGACAGCUUCACAAAGUGCUUGGGAUGGACCCCCUCCCUUCAAAGAUGCCCAAAAAACCUCGCAGUGAGACCCCCAUAGAUUACACAGGUAAGCCCGACACCUAAGAGAAGCAUAUUUAAGCGAGUGCAAUGACUACUUUCAAAAAAAUACUCAAAAUAAAAUGCACAUUUUGUAUUUUUCAAAAUUCUUUUCUGCAGUUCAAAUUCCACCGAGUACAGCAUAUGCCCCACCGAUGAAGAGGCCCAUCGAGGAAGAGGAAGGAACUGACGACAAGAGUCCAAACAAGAAGAAGAAAAAGCUGCAGAAAAAAUGUAAGUGGAAGAAAAACCUCAACAACUGUCUGAAAAAUGGAUUGUUUAAAGUUAUGUGCGUUUUGGUUCAAAGAAAAACUGUCAGAUUUAAAAUGUGACCAUAUAAAAUUUGUGAUUUUUCCCUUUUUUGUUGACUAGUUGAAUAAAAGGACCAAUGAAAACAUUUCUGGCCUCCAUAAUCCCUGUCUUUAUGCUUCCUGUUUUCUCCUUUAGCUGCAGAGGAGAAGGCCGAGCCCCCGCAGGCCAUGAAUGCUCUGAUGAGGCUCAAUCAGCUGAAGCCGGGUCUCCAGUACAAACUGGUCUCUCAAACAGGCCCGGUCCAUGUCCCCGUUUUUACUAUGUCUGUUGAAGUUGACGGAAAGUCCUUUUACGCCUCCGGGCCAUCAAAACGCACUGCCAAGCUGCACGUAGCUGUAAAGGUGAGCCCCGUAUUCAGUUUCUGCUAUAAUUAAAAUUCAGUUCAUCACCUGAUUUUCCCAUUUUACCAGGUAAUGAAAGUUCACAUUGUUUGAGUAGUAAUAAUUCUGUGUGGGUGGUUACAGGUCCUCCAGGACAUGGGUCUGCCCACAGGAGUGGAACUGAAGACUGCUGAGCCAGUGAAGGCAGAAGAGACUACUGUAGCAGUGGAUGAAAUGAGGCCAGUAGUCACACCUGUGGAAACAACCACUGCCACUACAGGAACAGCCAACACUGAAAACGCUGACGCUGCAGAGGUACAGAGCAGCACGCCGUGUACACAAUGUCAUGUUUGUGCUUCUAAUUUCACUAACCGUCCGUCUCCGAUUUCAGACUGCCCGCCAACAGGGACCAAUUCUCACAAAACACGGCAAAAACCCGGUGAUGGAGCUGAAUGAGAAGCGCCGCGGCCUGAAGUAUGAACUCAUCUCAGAGACGGGCGGCAGCCACGACAAACGCUUCGUCAUGGAGGUGGAGAUUGACGGGCAGAAGUUUCAGGGGACGGGGUCCAACAAGAAGGUGGCCAAGGCUUACGCUGCCCUGGCUGCUCUGGAGCGACUCUUCCCUGAAGGCUGUGUGGCCGAGGCCGCCAAGAAGAAGAAGGGACCACCGAUGGUAAGCUCAGGGAACAAUGGAAAAUACUGGUUUAAAUUAAGUCAAGGCAAUCAGUUUAAACGAAUAACUUAUAGGGAUAUUCUGGCAUAAAAUUGAUUUAGGGUCAAACACUCCGUAAGAACGAGUAAGACACCCCCUCGAGAGAUGAAUGUUGCCGACUACAUGCUUCUUUAGUUAGACCAACUUUAGUAAUGACCGCAGGAUAGCAAUACACAGUGGUAUGAGAUGAUAACUUUUUUGUCUCCUCAUCAGCACGCUCCAGGCUUUGGCAUGAUGGGCGCACCUGGAGUCGGGGACUCAGCUCCACCCAGGGGUCGAGGAAGAGGAGGACGAGGUCGAGGAAGAGGGAGGGGCUUCAAUAACGGAGGAGGCUAUGGUCAAGGAGGUAAACGGAUAGAAUAGCCUUAUUGUAUCUGUCGGUUUGAUUCUGUAUUUAUAAAUGAAAAACAGGAUUUCAAGGCUGUCAUUUCAGCACCUUAACUCUGAGUUCUCCUCUCAGGGGGAUUCGGAACAUAUGGAUACGGGAACAACACUAACUCUGGAUACAGUGAGUAUAUGUUUCAUCUAUUUUAAUCCUGCUUUCACUGGAUAUGUGCUCUUUCUCUGGGCUGCAAACAGAAUUGGAUCUAUCAUGCAAGAAAAACAAAGCGAAGCUGUACAGUUUGUCAACAUUUUUUCUGUGUCCUCUGGCAAGAUGCUGCAUUUGUCAGGACUGUAAAUCAACUCGUGCUGUAAUAAGGGAAUAUUUAGGCUGUUAGAGGAGAUGGUUUCACUCCUCAAAAGAGAGAAAAUGGUGAUGAACAUGUCGGAGUGUUCCCAGUUCAGUGAUUUUACAUUUCUCUGCUUUAAGCCACAGGAUUGAAUCUGUUUUUUGACAAACUCCUCUCCCUUUUUUGAGAACCAGUUUUCGUCCUUCUGGCAGCCUGUCUGAGAACUGACCUACCUGAGCGUGACAGGAGCAGAGAAAUCUAAAAAUAAAAAAUUAUAGUUUUUUAACAAUCUGACCAAAUGACGUACUCAACUGCCUCUUUAUGGCAGGAAAAAAAAAUCAAGUAAACAUCUAAUUUUGAUAUUUUUUUCCUUUCUCUGCCCUGUCUCACUCUUUAGGUGACUUUGUCUCAGACUGCUAUGGCUACCACGAGUUUGCGACAUAGACCCUCCCCCUCAGUCUUAAAAAAAAAUAUCCAAAAAACAGUCGAGUAGAGACGAUUAAAAAAAUGGACAAAAUACUCAGUAGUGUUCCUGCAGCAUCAUGAUCUCCUUUCCACACCGAGUCUACAACCCCGGGAACAGACAACGACUCCCCCCCCACUCCACCUCGUCAUGGAGAUGAUCUGCCUCUGCAUGCAUGUAGCCUCAAAUCACCUUCUGUUGGAUGAACCUGAACACCCGGACCUCCCACAAACCACAGGGCUGAUUCUUUGUAGAGACAGGGCACAGGGAUUUGUGUUCACUCGGAUCAUGAUGAAAUGAAAGCCUGCAGAGGGCGGACAGCACACUGCCUUUGGGAUUAAAAAAUCAACAGCCUGCUCUGUCCUCUCUCCCUAUCAUUGCCUGUAUAUAAAGAUGGACAACAUGCCUCCUCCUCCUGAUCCUGUUUGACAAAAGUGAAACCAAAAAACACUCCCAAAGAUAGACACUGACUUUUUGAGUUUCGAUGAAUUAGAUGUUUAGUUUUAUUUUAAAGUUAUAAAGCUGAUCAUGUUGCAUCCAGUCAGUAGAGGGAGCUUCAGAUAUUUUGGCUUCACUUAAAGGAAGCUGUCAUGUCAUCCAUCUUUUUAUACCUUUCUUGUCUCUUUACUGUUUACUGGAAUGAUCAAACUGUUUUUAUUUUGUUCUUCUACCUUUUUAUAAGACUUCCGACUUGAUUUCAGCAUCUUCUAUUCUGCUUUUAAAAACACAGCAUCUCUUCUUCUGUUUUACCUGAUUCUAUUGUGUUAGCAGCGUCACUGAAUUCCUCAUGGUCUGACUUUAGAAGUGUUCGGAUGUUACGGUUUUCUGUCCAGCAGUAUUAGACACUGAUUAUCUGAGGCUGUUGACAGUGAGUUUGCACAAAGAGACUGGCUGAAAAAGAAAAUCAGAAGUAUGUUUGCGAUGAAAUGAUUUCUUGCUCUAGCUGUUUUUUUUAUAUGUCUUUGUUUGGUUAUUUUUUAAUAAAUGUGACAUCUCCAUACAUAACUGCGUUCACUCAGGGUCUGGAUUUAAUUUCUAAACACAAUUGAUGUUCCAAAACCAAUUUCCUUCUCAGAUGUGACAGAGAUCCCCUAUGAAGAAGACAAAGUGGUCAGAAAAAUUAGAUUUUGCCAGAAAAUGUUUAUUUCUACAACACAUUCACAAACAUUUGGUAACAAAGUGCUUUAAUGUGACAAACUGUCAGGACAAAGUUCAGAUUAUUUUGGGAAUAAAGGUGUAAUAUUAGGGUAUUUUAAUGCUGACUAUGAACCUAACCCUCUAUUUACAUUAUAUUGAAAAAAAAUGGUUUGUUUUGGGCCGAGUAAAGCUGGAAAUGUAAACACGUUUGCCCCACUGAAAUUCGACUCAGUUGAAUUCAGACGUGUUCUCUUGCACGUUCACACCUCAGUCAGACUCAAAUUGAACUUGGUGUUCUGCACGUGUCCACAUUUUGCAUGCUUGGCUUUGAUCUGAAAGUGGGAAAUCAUCCAUUCAAUGGAGGAAGUGAGGUAGUUAAGAAAACCUCAACAAAAAUAAAGAAGGGGAGAAGAAAGACAAAGCUGUAUUGUGUAUAUGACAGGGACAGGAGCAUUUAAGAUGUUUAUAUUUAAAACCAGUUAGCCUCUUGUUGAUUUGCUAGUCAGUUGUUUUUGCACAUGAGGUAUUAAGUCAACCAGGAAACAGCCCAAUAGUUAUGAGCUAAAAGAUGACGUGGCUACCUAGUGCAGUGUGGGCGAACACAAGGCGUCAAUAGAUCUGGUAUCUGCUGGAUUGUACUAGUCCAGUUAAGUUGCCCAAUGGCGAUAUAACAUAGAAAAACUGAACCAUGCCUGUGAACAUAUAGAACUGACUGAUUUUUAUUCUAUUUUUUGUAAUUUUUUCUUAGCCCUGAUAUUAACGAUUAAGUGGUUCUGAUGUUGCUCAACACUAAGUAUUACAGUUUGUUUGUGAUGCCUAAACUCAAUUGUAAUUUAUGAUAUAUUCAGGGGCUGUUUCCUAUACUGCUGUAUUCACACACGGACGAGUUUCUGUUCUGACCAGUUCAGCAGUGCAGCCUUCAGUGUUGUCUGAUUUCAGUUGCUGCGCUCUUGCUUUUAGAGUAGUUCAACUCAUCGACCACCAAUGCACUCCUUGUUGUCGCGUCUUGAUCACCGACCAAUCAGAAUCAAGAAGUGGUGAGAGUUAUAAUGUCAGGUUUGCCAGCAACAGUGAUAGAAGUCUGAAUACACUUGAUUUAUGGAGGAACAACUUGCCUAAAUCAAAUAUAUAGACUAUAACACUAAAAACCUGCUUUUACAGCUUUUAGUGAAGAAAAUCCGUCUUUAGUAUCUUAAUUAUAGCUUGUAUUUUAAAAACGUGAGACCUUGAAAAUUGUGGCUUUUCCUUUUUAAAUAUUCAAACAUAAUUUUUUUAGAUUUGUCUUCGAAACAUCAAGACUGCUUCCACAUGGAAGUUUAGAUUUUAUUCUCUCAAUAUUACAACUUUAUUCCCAUAAUAUUAUGACUUUAUUCUCAUACCAACAAUUGUAGUAUUAUUUCAACUUUCCCAUAACCUCAAAAUUAGACACAGCUAUCUCAUGACUGUCUUGAAAAUAUCUUCUAGCUUUGCUCUCUUAAAUUAUAGCUUAUUUUUUAUAACAAAUAAGUCUUGUUAUGAUAUGUUGGAUGUGUUCUGUCCAUGUUGUGAAUUAAUGUUUUUUUUAGUGCAAUUGUUCCUCCUACACUUACUUAUUAUUUAGACAAGGUAAUCACAAUCGUACAACCUCGCUUUUGCAACUACGAAUCUCAGAUUUAUCAUCUAUGGGCCUUUUUUCUCUGUCCAAUCACACAAACACAGGACUAAGAGUUCAUCAGAAGUAGUAAAGUUUCUUUAAAAUUAGCUCCACAACUGCAGUAUAGUUGUUAGUAACGUCACACACUGUCAGAGACUGGUCCUGGUAUCAGAAGAACUCCUUUAUUCUUGUUUCUGUCCUUCUGUCGUUUGAACACAUUUAAAGAUUGUCACCAUCCUGUUGUUUCCCAGAUUACUACAACAACGGUGGCACAAAUGGGGGAGCAGGAGUGCCAAGCAGUCCCUCAGGUGGCCCCCCAGCUAACACACCUCCAGGAUCAGCUCAGGGCUCAUACGGCUCGUACUACCAGAACGACGGAGCCUACACUGCCACGCCCACCACCAAAACAGCCAAAAAGAAACCCCCCAUGCACAAAGGAGGGAAGGUGCCCUUUCCAGGUCCACCAGGAGCAAACGCUGGAUCUGUAGGGGGGUACCAGUCCAGCAGCCCCCAGGGCCAGGGCUCCUACAACCAGUACGGGCAGGGCUACGGUCAGGGGAAGAAGAGUUUCAACCAGAACCAGGGAGGAUCAGGGGGAUACUCAUACAGCACAGCCUAUCCUAGCCAGGUGACAGGGGGCUCAGGUGGAAACCAGGACUACAGCUAUGAAGGUGAGUUUGAUUUCUUUUCAAGAACAACUUAAGAUUUUUUUAUAGCAGAAAUAAUUUUACAACACAGUCAACAGGUUCAAUUAGCAGUAGAGAAAAGUUGUGAAAAACAUUUAAACUAUAAAAAAAAACUCACGACAUUACGCUGUACAUGUAGCGCAGGUGGAGAUGCUCAAAGUAAACACUGUGGCAAUAUGCAUAGUUACCCAUGAUGUUACCAAGCAUGAGGACAAGAUAUGAAGUGCUCCUGCUUAUUUGAGCAUUUGCUGGGGUGUCUGUGACAGUCAGGGAAUCUGAACACUGAGAGUUUCAUCGACUUCGAACAGAAUUAGAGAGUUUACUUUGUACAUUUUGGUUUUCAGUUUGCUUUUGGUCUGAUAUCGUCUCUUCAGUAGGUUUGAGCCCAUCGUAUGGUCAGAAAUAUAACUCUAAAUAGAUCCCAUUGUGAUUCAGUAGCUGCUGAAAAUGUUUGCUUUUUCAAACCUGUAAUUGUUUAAGGAAAUAGAUCCUUUUUCUGGUUUUAGCUUUGUUCUUUUAAAUUCAAAAUUCAAAUUCAACUUUAUUUGCAUGGCACUUUUCAGACAAAAGGAUGUUGUUUAAAGUGCCUGACAAGCGCACUCAAAGUGAGAAUUUAAGUUAUAUUGUUAAGGAGACAUGGCAUGACACUGAGACAUUACGUGAGGAAAGAGCUACCUCUGGGAAACACUGGAGAUAAAGAUAAAAAUGGUAAAGAGAGUAAAAGCUGAUGGACAAGAAAACGGUAUUUAAUGAACAGAUAAGUAAGAGCUCUAUACCAUGUUAAAGGGGUAAAAGGAGUAAAAACCUCUAUGAUGGGAAUUAGAAAAAGACUAAGAACAAUAACUAAUAAAAUGACAUAAAAGAAACAUUAAGAACUUAGAUUAAAAUGAACAUUUGCAGUAAGAGAAAUAUAAAAAGGCAAUAAAUGAGAAGCCUGCUUAAAAAGGUGAGUCCUGAGCCUCUUCUUAAAAACAUCAACAGUCUCUUCUAACAGACGCAUACUUGUUCUGCAGGUUUCAACAGCCAAUCCAGCUACAGCUCACAGGGAAGUGGAGGGGGUGGAGGAAACCAGGGCUUUGGAAACAACCACUCUCAGUACCAUAACCAGUCUGGGUACGGCCGGGGUGAGGGCAACAUGAACUACCAGUACAGAUAGACUGAAGCGCUCCGUAUGCAAUCACCGGCGUUAGUGUCUCCAAAGAAAGCGAUCGACGGCCUGACUGUGCUCUCUGCCUUCUCCAUGUUUGCUUCUGACGUGUUUUUGAGUUUCACUGUGGGCACAAAACGAGACGUGUGGACUUUGUGAGUGUCAGAGCUGAGUUUAGUCUGUUUUAGUGCUUUGUCUCGUCCUGUUUUUAGGUUUAUUUUUAUUUUCCUUUAAAAUCGUUAACUCACUCACUCUGACUUUGUUUCUUUGUUUUGUGGUGACAGAUCAUUUCUCUCAUGUGAGAUUAGUAAAUCUUGUAGUUUUGAACUACAAAGGCUGAUGUAUUUUUUUGUAUCUAUUUAGUAGACCCAGAUAGCUCCUUCUUUUCCGCUUUGCCUGUAAUUUUGGCUUAUUUUAUUAAAAGUGUAAUAGUUAUUUUAAUAAAUGUUUUUUGAGAUUACUGGAAAAUACAUUCUGAUGUUGACUCCACCUUUCCGCUCAGUGUGUCUCUACAGCUGAGUGGGAGUUAUCCUGUUCAUGUAUAACAAACUGUGUUUGUAUCAAUAAAUGAUUUUUAUUUUGAGUACAGGUCUUAAUCAGA